AAUUAAGCAAUCUUUAUAAAUCCUCAAGGUCUCAAACAGGGCCAGGGGAUUUUGGACUCUCAUCACCUUCAACUCCUAUAAUAUCUACUAGUUCACGGAGCGAUUCGUUAUCUUCUUUCGACACACCUCAGAACGGUAAUUCUCAAAAAGAUUUUGAUAGUAUCAGUAUUGCUUCAAACUAUGAAUUCGAUAGUAUUGAUGAUUCUGGACAAGUGAAUAUCCAAAUUAUUCAACAUGAUGUGAAUGAGGCAAAGAGAUUGCACAAUGAAAAAAGAUACAAAGAAGCAUGGCCAAUCUUUAAGUAUCACGCUGAUAAAGGAAACGAAAUUGCAGAGUUUUAUGUUGGUUAUUAUUUAAAUGCCGGUGAUCGUGGUGUUGAGCAAAACAAGGAACUUGCCGUUGAAUACCUUCGUCGUUCAGCAGAAAAAAAUGUUCCUGAUGCGCAAUUAAGAUAUGGUGUUGCUUUACUUAACGGGGAAGGAGUCGUUAAAAGUGUAGAGAAUGAUAAGAUCGCCGUUGAGAACUUACAAAAAGCUGCAAAAUAUGGUAAUUCAAAUGCUAUGUUCAAUUAUGGAGAUUUAUUGAUAAAUGGUGCACAUGGAGUUAAACAAGAUUUGGGAGAAGGUGAACAUUGGAUGAAACAAGCACAUAAAAAGGGUCAUCCAUAUGCAUAUAAAAAAUUGGCAGAUCGAUAUAGAACUUUAGGAAAAAAAAUUCCUGAUGAUAUAGAAGAAGGAAUACGACAAAUCGAGUUAAAAUGA